GCACUUUUUCGUUUACAAAAAAAUAUUUUAUAAAAACCGACAACAAUUUCCUCAAAUCAACAUAAUUUUCCAAUUAAAAAAAAAAGAUGAAAAUAGAAAAUAUUUACACAUCCAUCGCAUGCAAUCGAACACCCGAAAGUGCUGACUGGGGUAAUAAUGGCCAAAUCGUAUUUGCCGCUUGUAAUUCCAUUGCAAUAUUCAAUCCAAAAUUAAAUAAUACAGCAAAAAUUACCAACACAUUUAUCCAACAUACAAAACGUGUUACCACUGUCAAAUGGAUAGCAAAAUCUCCAAAUGCCACCGAGACAGAAUUCAUCUCUGGCUCCGAUGAUGGAUUGGCUAUUUUGUGGGAUAUUUCAAAUCCCAGCCAAGUGACAACCAAAGUUUUAAAAGGUCACGAAAGUGGAAUAAACUUUCUCGAUGGAGUUUAUGUCAAUGGUAAACUGACAAUUGCCACAGCUUCAACAGACUCUUCCAUUAAACUUUGGUCGUUGAAUGAAGAGUCAAAAGAAUUUGAAUGCAAUCAGACAAUACUUUUAAAAAGUGGGUUUUGCUUUGCCAUACGAAUUACUCCACUGCCCGGCUCUCAACAACUGUUGUUAGCCUUUUCUUCCGAUGACGAUAGUAUCUCGUUAUGGAGCAAUCCAAAUGGGAGCUCGAUGGAGAAAAUCCAUCAACUGAUUGGCCAUGAAGAUUGGGUUCGUGGGUUAGAUUUUGUUACCACGGAAGAUGGGGAUCUUCUUCUAGCCAGUUCUUCACAGGACAACUUUAUCCGGCUUUGGAGAAUAUCCCCACGAACUCAGGAACAAGUUAGUCAAAAUGAGAUCGACAUUUUGAAUAUUUCCGAUGGAGAAAUUCGAGUCGAAGAGAAGAUAAUCCAAGUAGCCAAAAGUGGCAAUUCCCAAUACUUUGCUGUUAGUUUGGAAUCGGUUUUAUAUGGCCACGAAGGUUGGGUUUAUGGUGUCCAUUGGCAUAGCAGUGAUCUUGGCCUACGACUCCUUUCUGCUUCAAUUGACAAAUCCAUCAUAAUUUGGCAACCAACUGACGACGGUGUUUGGAUGGAAAAAGUUCGUGUCGGUGGAGUUGGAGGGAAUUCGUUGGGAUUCUUUGGUGGCAAGUUUGCCAGUGAUGGCAAGUCUAUUCUUGGAUUUAGUUUUCAAGGAGGUUUUCAUAUAUGGAAACAAUCGAAUGAGAAUGAAUCGAUUUGGACUCCAACAACAAUUAUUGGUGGACAUUUUGGAGAAGUUCGUGAUCUUGGUUGGGAACCAAAAGGUGCCUUUCUGCUGACUGUUUCAGCUGAUCAAACUACAAGACUACAUGCUCCAUGGGUUAGAUCGGAUGAUGAAGAACAUACGUGGCAUGAGCUGGCUCGUCCACAAGUUCAUGGUUAUGAUAUGCAAGCGAUUGCUGUUCUUUCGCGAUACAAGUUUGCCAGUGGGGCUGAGGAGAAGAUUGUAAGAACUUUUCAAGCGACGGGGAAUUUUGUAGAGAAUUUCCAGAGGAUAACGAAUACAACAGAUGACAAGGAGGGAAAUGCUAUUUUGGAAAGUCUUCCUAAAGGUGCUUCUGUGCCUUCGUUGGGUCUCUCCAAUAAAGCAGUUUUCUCUGUCGAUGAAUCACCUCAACAAAAACACGUCAAAGAUGAAUAUCCAGAAAACUAUUUUGUCCCGGUGACGCUGAUUACUCCACCACAAGAAGAAACUCUAAUGCAGAAUACCCUUUGGCCAGAAGUUCAGAAGCUCUAUGGUCAUGGAUUUGAAAUUUAUGCAUUGGCAUCAUCUCCAGACGGUCAAGUGUUGGCUUCAUCAUGCCGAGCAACAAAUGCUGAACACGCACAAAUUAUUUUAUGGAACACAUCAACAUGGAAGCAAGUUCAAAAACUUUCCUCCCAUCAAUUGACCGUUACUCAACUAAAAUUUUCUCCCAACAACAAAUACCUUCUCUCAGUGUCGCGUGAUAGACGUUUGAGUGUUUUUGAAAAUAAAUCAACAUUUGAAUCGAUUUCCUUUGAAAUGGUUGCGACUACGGAUAAGACAAAUGGAAUACACACACGAAUAAUAUGGUCGUGUGAUUGGUCUCAUGAUUCGCAAUAUUUUGUAACUUCUUCUCGUGAUGGGAAAAUUGUUGUUUGGACAAAGGCCAGUUCUGUAUCCGAUACAAGUUUAAGAGAUUGGCAUUCAGUGAAUACUUUGGAGCUGAAAAAUGAGUCAGUUACUGCUGUUGCAUUUGCUGAUAAAUUCCAUAACGAUAAAGCUGGACAUUAUAUACUGGCGAUGGGAUUUGAAAGUGGAGUGAUACAAGUUUGUGGCUUUAAUGGAAGCAGGUUGGAAAAAAUCGGUAGAAUAGAGCAAAGAGAUGCACAUCAUUUGACUGUGAGAAAGCUACAAUUUAAACCUCAAGCUAAUGGAAUCGAAUUGGCUAGUUGUGGUGAUGAUCAUUUAGUUAGAAUUUAUAAAAUUUGUGAUUAAAUUAAUGAUUUUUUAAAAAUUUUAAA